UGUUGGAAUCCGGAAGCGAAAUUACUCAUCGGAAAAUAAAAAUGGCCUUGUUUUGAAUUUGCGAAGUUUUGAUAAACGAAGGCAAUGAUGAAGAGACUAAUCGUCCUGGUUUGUUUUUUUAAAUGUAUCUUAGCAAAUGAUCCAGAUGUUACAAUAGAUGAAACCAGCCCUGCAACAAAAUUCACACCUUUUGAGAAAAUAAUGACGGUGACGAAAAACAGCGACGCUUACCUUACCUGUAAAGUAGAAAAUAAACCACCGGACAAAGAUGUGGAGUGGGUUGGUAUACCAAUGCAGCCUGGGGCACCCUUGAUUUCUAUCUCUACCGGUCCAGACUCCAAAGAUCCCUUCAAAUACCAAAUAGAUGUCCCCUCUUCUUUGCAAUGGAGAUUGAAAAUCCAGAACGUGCAAGUGUCCGAUGAAAUGAAGUACUACUGUCAGGUUUCAAUUGGCGUUCAAAAAUAUGCUAAAGAUGUAAGAACUUUGAGAGUUGUGACAGCACCGCAAAUUGCCGACCUUGAAACAGACAGUGAUAUGACUGUUAAAGUUGGAGAUCCUGUAUCCUUGAAAUGCAAUGCAACCGGUAGACCCUUUCCAAUUGUAAAAUGGGAAAAGCUUGCAGGAGGACUCCUGCCAACUGGCGGACGAGAACACAGAGAUUAUGUUCUUGAUCUUGGUAAAGCCAAACCGGAAUAUCGUGGAUCAUAUAAAUGCACAGCUCAAAACGAAAAAGGAAAAGCUGCUCGAAUUGUGUCAGUUGUGGUCCAGUUCAAACCGAUUGCAAGGGCAGUUGAAAAUCCAGCACAGCAGAUGGUUGGGUACAGAAAAGAUUUGAUGUGUGAAUUUGAAGGCUAUCCUAUUCCUACUAAAGAACAGGUUAGAUGGUCAAAGAAUGGUAAUGCCAUUUCAGAUGGUGGAAAUUAUGAAACAUCCUAUAUUGAAGGAGCUUCUGACAAAGUUCGAAUCAAGCUAACAAUAAAGAAAGUAAGCAAUGCUGAUUUUGGUUAUUAUCAGUGUGGUGGAUCAAAUUCAGAAGGAAGUGGAAGUACCCAAAUAGAGCUUCAAUCAUCUAAUGUUCCAACUCCAGACUCUACUGGUCAGAUUAACAGUGCUGGAAUGCUGACCUUCAGCAUGAUAACUAUCAUGAUGUUACUCUCAGUGUGUCUUUUACAUAAAUUUUAAUGAACACAAGAAAACUUAACUCUAUUCUGGACUAUGCAAGUCUAAUCUAUCUGUACAGAAAUCAUUUAUAUCAUAUAAAAAUAAUUGUAAAGCAUUUAGUCAAGGUUUAAGUCUUUAAUGAUUAAAUGUAAAGUUAUGUUUAUAAACGAAAGAAUUUAAACUCUCAUAUCAUUGUUAAGUUUUAUCUAUACUUCUGACAUAUUAGUGCCAUUUUGAACUAUUAUAACUAUAUACACAGGUAUAUGUUUGAAAUUUAAUAUUUUCAGAGUUGUGAACAUUUUUAUGUGGUUGUGAUUUUUCGGAUGUAAACUUGGAGGGAAUUUUAUUUCAUAUUCACUCAGAAAUGAGAAUUGUAUUUUUUGUAAUAUGCAUAUCAUAUUUUUUUACUAUUGUUAAAUGCAAGUUUUCUACAAAUAUGUAUGAAUUAUGAUUGAAUGAAUGUUUUCAUGCUAUCAAGGAUAUGUAGCAUUUCUCAUCACAUGUUUAACAUAUUACUGUGGUUUAAUAACAGUUGUUAGGUCAGUUUUCAAUAUUUGUUAAAAAUUAAAAUUAAAAAUUCUAUGUCAACGCCGUUUUGCUGAAUCAUUGCAUAUUAAUAGAUACUUAAAAAAAGUUUUAUCUAUCAAAAUUUAAAAACAUAAUAUUUUACUGUCUAGUAAUUAUGAUUGCCUUUAUUUAAAGAAAAUGACACACAGUCUUCACCAUCUCUUUACUGAGCAUGGUUUCCGUUCUGUACCCCUAUCAAUAGCAUACUUUAUAAUAGCAAAGAGAUGAAUGUCAUAGUACAUGAUACUUUUAUGAUGCUUUCUGAAACUGAUUUUGAUAAAUUUUUAGUCCAUUAAUGAUAUUCGUUUUAGUUUAGGAAUGUUUCAUUCAUCAUUUAGAGAAAAAAAUGCUAUUUUUCUGGUAACAGGUUAAUACUAAGUUUUAACUGGUAAGUGGGAUUUGUGUACAUUUCAACUUACAUCCCACUGAAACCAGUUAUUACACUAAAAAAAAGUUAACUUAUAAGGCAGUAUGUAUGGAUAACAAGUUAAUAACUGUGAUUUAUGCAUUCCAAAGAUUCAUUGAUAAAAGGAUGCGGGUAUUAUCAUCCAUUCUACGAAACAUAAAACAAAUUAUUUAAGGCAUCAAAUGAAGAUAUUUGUGAUUUAAAAAGAUAUGAUAAACCAUAGGGAGUACGUACAUGUUUAUGUAUCUUGUGUUUGUUCAUUUAAUCUCUCAGGAGCAUAUUAUUUUCAGACAGGUAAGGCUUAUGUUGAACAACAAUUUUCAUUGUAUAUUCUCAAUAUUUCAUAUAGUUUUAUCAGAGUUGCUGAUUUGUAACAUUCCAUGUAUGUGAGAGUAUUUUUAUACAGAAUGCUGUUUUUCAUUUAAUACAUUCCUUUUAUGUACAUUUGUAUACUUUGUACAUAGAUAUACAAUACUUGUAUUUACCGGUACAUCAUGAUUUUUAAAAAAAAAUAAACCUUUUACUUUAUAUAAUAAAAUAAAUAUAUAAUUAGAUUCA